AUGCCUCAAUGCUGUUUCGCUGGCUGUCACAACAGAACUGACGAUGGUCGGGGCCUAUCCUUCUUUCGAUUUCCUCGAAGGGAUCUAGCACGUACAGCUGCUUGGGUAGUAGCCUGUGGUCGGAAAGACUUUUCUCCGUCUCAGCACUCAAGGGUUUGUUCUCGACACUUUUCCGCCGUGGAUUUUGAUCGAGAUGCCAGGCAUGAUUCCAAUGGCGGUGUGCAUCGUAGGUUGAGGCUUAAAGACACUGCUGUACCCACUACGAAUCCUGUGGAUAAUCCCUGGCAGAAUACGGACAAUAUGGUCGGGAGAAAGUCCAAAUCGAGAGAUAAUUCCAAUGUGAUCGCCAAAUUAUUUCCGUCUGCUCCACCAGGUGAGUUGCAUUUUACCUAA